UGGCUCAAGGGGUGAAGGAUUAAGGUCCCAAGGUGGCGUCGCGACAGCGGAUCAACACAGUUGGCCCCAGCCAAGGCGCUCAGGAGCCCAGCUGCCAACCAUGUCCGGCCGCAACACGCGCAUGGCGCAGUGGCUGGACUACAGGGUGCGUGUGACCAUCUCUGAUGCCAGGAUGUUGGUGGGGACCUUCAUGGCCUUCGACAAGUACAUGAAUGUGGUUCUGGCUGAUUGCGAGGAGUUCCGAAAGAUCAAGUCCAAGGGGCGAAAGGAUGAAGAGAAAGAGGUGAAGCGAACCUUAGGUUUUGUCGUCCUCCGUGGCGAGACCAUUGUCUCCUUGAUGGCCGAAGCCCCACCCCCCACGGGACCCAAGAAGCCGGACAUCCAACCAGGCCCGGGCCGUGGACAGGUCGCCGGCCGCGGCAUGCCGGCCGCGCCCUUGAGCUCGGCGCCCGCCGGCCUCUCCGGCCCAGUGCGCGGCGUGGGCGGUCCGGCCGCGAUCCAGAUGCAGCCGAAGGCGCCGGCGGCGCUGGGCGGGGCGCCGCCGGGGAUGCCGCCGGGCUUCCCCGCGCGGCCGCCGGGGAUGCCCGGCAUGGUGCCGCCAGGCAUGCCGGGGAUGCCACCAGGGAUGCCUCCGCCAGGGAUGCCAGGCAUGGGACGUGGCAUGCCGCCCAUGGGACGCGGAGCAUGAGUGGAGCAUGAGCCGAUCAGAGUUUUGGUUGAUUGCUUACGGU